AUGCAAGCCGCAAGUAUGGAAGGUAAUUUUCAUGAGUGCCAUAUUCAAUCAAAAGAUAGUUAUAUUAAAUCAAGAACGCACACAAAAGUGCUGCUGUUCUCUUAUUUUUGUUUCUUUGUUUAUACCUGGUAUGUUAAUAUAGUGUGUGUGUAUCCAUUAAAUUUUAGUAGCACGUAUUUUAUUUAUUAUUUUAUAUUACAAGGUUUAGGAGGUAUAUUCCUUGGGUUUUUUUCAGAUAUAUAUGGAAGAAAAAUAUGUUUAAAUAUAUCCUUUUUUAUUUUAUUAAUAAUAUUUAUUCUUUCUUUUAUUACGGUGAAAACAUCUUUCUUUUUGUUUUAUCAAAACAUACCUUCAACGAAUAAUAAUGAGAAGGGCCUGGAUUUAUUCUUUUAUACUAAUACACCUCAUACACAAAUAAAUGCAUAUCAUGAAAAAAAAAAAAAUAUACAUAAUAAUAACAAUAAUAAUAAUAAUAACAAUAAUAAUAAUAAUAACAACAAUAAUAAUAAUAACAACAAUAAUAAUAAUAACAAUGGUGCUUAUUUUAAUUAUAAAGAUGUUUAUACCUUUUUAAUGAACUAUAAACAAAACAUAAAAGGAAAUGAUGAAUAUAUAAAGAGCGACAACAAUAUAAAGGAUCAUCCUAAUAAUAAUUAUCUUUAUAUUAAUAUAAAUAAUGAUGAAACCAAAGAUAAUAUAAGUGUUGAAAAUAAUUAUAUAAAUAAUGAUCAUCUAGAUGAUACCAACAAUUUAAUUAUUAAUAAUAAAAAGAAAAAAACAAAUAAAAAGAGCUACAACAAAAUGGGAUAUUCAUCACACACAAAUAAAAAUAAUAAUCCUGAUAUUCAUUAUGAUCAUAAUAAUAAUAAUAAUAAUAAUGACAAUUCUUAUAUUUAUACUUAUGAAGAUGAUCAUUUUGUAUAUCAUCCCAAUAAACAUAUAAACUAUUAUGAAAUAUAUUUUAAAAACAAAAAUAACAACAAUAAAAAUAAAAGUAAAAAACAAAAAAAAAAAUAUUAUCAUGACGACAUUAUGAUGGAAGCAAAUAACAAUGAAAAUUUGAAUGACGAGAAUUAUAUGGAAAGCCAAAUAUCACGAGAAGAGUUACAUCAAACCAUUUUAGAUAUAAUAAAAAAAACAUUGGAAGGUAUUAACAAGAAAUUUAUAUUAACAAAUGAUAAUACGUUUAUUAAUUUUAUGAAUUUAUGUAUAGACAAAAAUAUAAAUUAUAAUAAUAACAACAAUAAUAAUAAUAACAACAACAACAACAAUAAUAAUAAUAAUAAUAAUAAUAAUCUUAUACAUAUGAUUAAUGAUAUAUAUAAACUAGAAAAUAAUAAUAUACCUAUUCCUGAAAAUUCACAUAUUUAUAGAACACCUAAUCAUAAUUCAAAUAAUUUAAGAAUGAAAAAAAUACAAAUAAUUACUUCGAUAAUUAAUAAUAAUAUAAGUAGUAUUCAAGAAAUAUGUAUUAAUGAAAUGAUAAAUAUAUAUAGAAUCUUUAAAAAAAUGAAUUGUUUAAAAACAAAUAUAGAAUACACACAUAAUAAUAAUAAUAAUAAUAAUGAUGAUGAUGAUAAUGGUGAAGGUGAUAUAUAUGGUAUUGAACGAUGUUUAGAACUCAUACAUAAAGAUAUAAUAAAACAUAAUAAUAAUAUAAACAAUCAUAAUUAUAACAACUAUAAUCAAGAUAAUAAACAAACUUCUUUAUAUUAUCAAACUAAUAUGUCCUAUGAAAAAAUGUCAUCACCACAUUCUGAUGAAGAUAAUAAUAUGAAUGCUAAUCAAAAAUAUAUAUUAUAUUUUUAUAAAAUUAUAUUUUAUAUUAUUACAUGUCUCAGUGGUUUAUUCAUUAAAGGAAUUAACAAUAUUUUAUGUUUAAUUAUUACAGAAAAUAUAAACGCGAAAUAUAAAACUAAAGCAGUCUCUCUCAUAUUCAUCUUAGAAAGCUUAUCUUUAAUUAUUAUUCGCUCUUUAUUUUAUUUUAACCACUUUAUAAAUAUAUUUCUUUUAUACAAAAUAAAUUUAGCAGUAUGCUUUUUUUUAAACCUAUUAAAUAUUUUUAUAUUAAAUAAAUAUUGUGAUAAGCUUAGCAUACCAAUUUUACAAAUACAAAAAAAAAUUUUACAAAAUUUUUAUACAAAUAAUAAUUGGAAAUCCAUGGAAUAUUUCCAUGCUGACAUUUCACAAAUCAGUUCCUAUAAACAAAAAAAUUUAAGUCAAGAAGAAAAUAAAAACAGCAAUAUGUCUUUGCUCUUGAGCAGCAUGGAAAAUAAGAACAUAACUUCGAUGGAUAAGGUCAAUGAUUCACAUGGAUAUAAAAAUAAACAGGACAUACAAAAUGAUGGUAAUAAUCAAAAUAAUCAAAAUAAUCAAAAUAAUCAAAAUAAUCAAAAUAAUCAAAAUAAUCAAAAUAAUCAAAAUAAUCAAAAUAAUCAAAAUAAUCAAAAUAAUCAAAAUAAUCAAAAUAAUGAUAGUCAUAAUAAUCAUUACAAUCAUGAAAAAGAUCUAAAAUUAGAUAUAAAUCAUAGGCACAACUCAAACCAAAAUAGUAACCCGGAUUAUAGUCACGAUGAUAAUUACAGUGAUUCAAGCGACGACGAUGAAGACGAUGAUGAUCAACAAAAAGAACAGAAAGAUGAAAAACAAGAAGAAAACGAACCAAGAUAUAAUUUAGAAAAAACAAAAUCAUACAAGAAACAAAAAAAAAGAAAUAAAAAAAAAAAUAAAAAUAAAAAUAAAAAAAAAAAAAAAAAUUCAAGUGAUGAUUAUAUGAAAGACCUUUCCUUUGAUGAACUUCUUGAAAAUAAUUUUCAAAAAUCAAAAAAAAAAAAUAUGAAUGAAUCUGAAAAAAAAUUAUGCGCAAAUACUUGUAUAAAUUAUAAUCAUAUAUUAAAUUGUAAUAUUAUAAAAGAUAGUGAAGAAGAUUUAUUUAUGGAAAAAAUAAAAGAUAGUAAAGAAUUUAUCGAAUAUAAACAAUAUCUUAAAAAUAAUAAUAUAUUUAAAAUAUAUAUCAAAUGGUUAUAUUAUACAUUAUAUGCACAUAAAUAUUUAAUUAUAUCAUUAUGUAUAUUAAAUUUCUUAUUCAAUUUCUUAUAUAUUAGUUUCUUUAUUAUAUAUAAUAUAUUUAUAUAUGAUAUAAAGAGUUCUCAAAAUUUCUAUAAAAUGAAUGAUUCAUUUAUUAUUUUAAAUUCUAUAAUACUUAUAUUCUAUAUAUUUUUAUAUUUCUAUUUACAUCGUAUUAUAUUAAAAAUAUUAAAUUUAUUUGGAUAUUUAUUAAUCACAUUUGUAUCCUUUUCACUUAUAUUAUUUUUAUAUUCUACCUCAUAUUUUCAUAUUUCAUUAUAUGAUAAUACAUAUAUUAUUUAUACUAUUAUCUUCUAUCUAUUUUUAUUUAUACCAAAUGUAUCUCUAUUUUUAUUUUCUAUAAAUUACUUUCAUACUAUACAUAAAGGACUCCUACUAGGUGUAUUUACAUUUAUAGGAAACCUCGGAUUCGUAUCCUAUACACUAUUCAGAUUUAUUAUACAAGAACAAAAUAUGACACUCUACAAUCUAAUAUUCUCAUGUGUUAUCUGUAUUAUAUCGUGCAUAUUUAUUAUUCUCUUUAUUCCACAAAUCAACUCAUGCAUAGAUUUUCAUAUUGUGGAUCACUCUUAUUUUAAUCAUUUCUUAUUAUAUGGAUAUAACAAAAAGAAGGUAUCACCCCUCUUCACAUCACUAACAUUCCCAUGCGAAAUAUCCCACACAUAA